AUGAGCACGAUUUUGGGCACAAUGUCCAGAGCCCACAGACACCAUGAUGUUGCUCCUGUCCCUGAGGUUGUUGAAGACAUGAAGAGUGAGCUGAAGCUGAGACUCAUCAAGCUGAACUGGCAGAAGUCCAUGUGUGUAAGAGUAAAGAGCACAGACGAGCAGGCCAAAACUGAUGUCAAGCUCAAAAAACAAGCCUUGAAGGAGAAGAUCGAAGAUGAUGUCGGUGCUCUGGUUCAGUUUUUGUUGGAUGAGAAGGAUGAUCUGUUGGAAAGGUUGGAGGUCGAAGCGGAGGCCACUAUUGGGCUGAUCGAUGCCAACCUGAAGCGUGUGGAGAGCGAGGCAGCCAAAGUGGACAAAGCCAUCACUGAAAUUCAAAAUCAGCUAAGUGACAGCACUAACUUUGAGAGUAUCAGUAAUUCAUACUUAAGCCCCUGUCAUGUAAACCUCGGUGUCCAGGCCUCUAACUCGCCUCCAGAUUUCUCAGAGUUCACAGGCCCAUUUCAACUCAUCAUGUGGAAGAAGAUGAUGCACGUGUUACACACAAUGCCUCAGAAUCUGACUCUGGAUUUAGACACCGCUCACCCCUCAUUGGCCAUCAGCGACUUUGACACAAAGGUGGAGGAGGGCCGCGUACGCUCACAGGAGCCCGACAUGCCGCAGCGUUUCACCCGUUUCUUCGGGGUGCUCGCUACCGCCCAGUAUUCCAGUGGGCAGCACUACUGGGAGGUGGACGUGCGGGACAAGGGGGUCUGGUAUCUGGGCGUCACCACAGAGUACAGCAACCGCAAAGGUUUUGUAAACCUUUCGCCCUCUGCUGGCUACUGGAGCCUGUGUCUCCAAGACCGACUGUAUGCCAACGAGGAAGACUCGCGCGUGCCUGUGGCGGACUAUUGGAACUCUCCUCGUGUCAGUGUCUUCUUAGAUUACGACCGGGGGCACGUUACUUUCUUCGAUGCCGUCACUAUGAAACGAAUCUACAACUUUGUCACGUACUUUGAUGAGCCCGUCUCACCCUUCUUCAGUCCAGGGAAAAACGACCCGGGCAGCCGACUACAAAUAUGUCAUUUCUACUGAAAACGAAGCGAUGCGUAUGUGCAGUUUGCAACAGAGAAAACAAAUAAUGAUAAAUGCUCCUGUUUUUGUGUUUUUAGUAAACAGUUCAGGGCAUUUUCCCUCCUGGAAGUCGGGAGGAUGUUUGUUCUUAAGCUCUGCUGGGCUUUUUGGAUUCAGUUGAUCUGAAUUGACUAGUUGCGUAGAGCUUUGAUACACCAUAAUCUGAAGAGUGAAUUUAAUUUCUCUAGCUCUUGAAUUAUGAUGUAGCCCCACUGAAAUUCAGGUAGAGCGGCACUGCAGGUUUUUACACACGUCGACUUUAGCUGCUCUGUGUCGUCUUAUGUCUUUGACCUCAGUGUUGUCUUUUGUACAUCAGUGCAGAGGUGAAAAUAAGGAUUGAAUCAGGUCAAAAAAAUUGAUUAAUGGUUGAUAACGUUUCAAAGUGGAGAAAUUCGGCAAAUUAUUUGGAAAACAUAUAUUUAAAUGUUAUUAACUGCUAUGUAUUCCAUUAAAUGGCAUAUAUUUACUUUUUUAUUUUUAUUUUUUUACUUUUUACUUUAUUUUCUUGUCCAUUAGGGAUGUAUUUGUUAGACAGACUACCCCAUAAUGUAUUGAGAGUGUUACAUAAGGCUCUGUGUUCGAACAUUUCGUAAUGGCUCAGACUGCAAUAGGUGCUAUGCAACUUCGAGUACGCAAGUUUUCGGCGACAAAGUAGAUAAGAUGUGCUGUGAGGAGCGUCCUUCUGUUCAUUCAAUUAUGUAGAGAUUUUUAUAAAGGAGUACAUCCUGAAGCUGUGUGCCAUUCAUGUUGCAUAAUUUUUAUGUAAUUUUCAAAUCCAUUAUAUUAAAAAGUUUAAUAGUCUAGAAAAAGUCUAAUCUGUCUCACGGGCUGAUGAUAAAGAGAGAUUCUGGAGAUGCUCGUUUUUGUUUCCAUUCGUUCCGAAACGAGCACAAAGUGACAUUUCAGCACCUUUAGACUGAGGUCAGAUGAUUUGUUGUUCAUGUUGGUAUUUACAGAUCUAGUUUACAUACUAGAACCACUGCAGUCAUUUGUACAAAAUGUCUUUUGAGCUGAGAAAGGACCAAGGAAACACCGGACCAUGAACAUGCUCUCCCAACACUUUGUGUUGCCCAGCUAUUAAGUUUCAGUUAACAUUUAUAGUACUUUAUUAAUAAUCAGUUAUUUUUUCAUAAGAAAUUAGUUCAACUUGAACACAUUGACUUUUUGUACGUGUAAUAUUUUUGGAUUCCUUUCAAUCACUAAUUUAAGAGAACUGUUACAUCAUCUUUGAGCCUAACUGCUGGAUGGCACCACAAGUACAUUUUUCUUUUGGGUGACUUGUUAAAAACCACUGCGAUAUGUGUUAAAUGUUUUUCUCUGCAUUAAUAGUCCAUUUAAAAAUAAAAAAACUACAAUGAUUUUAUUCUCAGUAUUUCAUGUUUGACAAGUUCCAUUAAAAAAAAUAUAAAAAUCCACAGUGUAUAACAUUUUUAGAAGUGAAUCUUUUGGAUUAAAAAAGGCUAAAUGUAAUUUUCAAGUGACUUGUAUUUACAGUUUUAUUUCAAACUGCAGUAAUUGACCAGUAGAAUGAGCAUACGGUUGAUUCUUCAUAUUAUACAAGAUCUUUGUUUUUAAACUGAUGAAGCACUAGAUCAUGCAUUGGAUGGAGUUAAGGUCCAUUCACAAUAAGAAUGAAAACGAUGUUGGCGUUUAUACCAUAGACUAUAAAAACGGACCAACGAACAUUGUUUAUUCUAAACAUGAUUUGAGGUCAGUGCUUUUAUUAAUGGGAAAAUCGCUCUCAAAGUGAUUCCAAAGCUAUUGCUUUGACGUUAGUGAAAUUUUGCGGGGGGGAAUGUCCAAUGUCUAUUAUCAAUAGUGAUCCAUGAAGCACAGUUCACACUUUCAAAACAAGCAGCUUUCUGACGGACGGACCAACUUGUAUUUAUGAAAUCUUGAGUGUGGAUUUCUUUGGCUCUUGUGCAAAAUUCCUGGUUUUGUGGAUUCUAAAUUUAAAUAACACUGAAUUUUGCUUAAGAAAACGGUAAAUUUGACAGCAACUUUUUAGCAAUGUUAUUGUUAUAAAGUUAUCAUUCUUAUUGUGAACGGACCUUUAUCGCGAUGGAAGCAACUUGCAAUUCACAUAUAUUAUGAAUCAAUAUACAGUAUAGAAUAUUUGUUUUUGGUUAUUCCAUAAUUUUUAAUUUCCAGCCUGGCAAUAGCAAAUCAUUACAGGUAUCUCGCUGCUGCAGAAACCAUAUGCCAAUGCUAGUAAAAUCAUUAACAUGCAAAAAUGUUCUUUGCACAGAUAUUAAGAUAUACUUUCACCGUUUCAACUGUGAGCCACCUUGCACAGUAUCACAGAGAGUAGCCUAUGAAGGAGACGUGGUGUUACAUGUCUAUCAAAGAGACAAAACUCCACAAAAUUAAAGGGAAGUGAUUUUUGAAAUCAUUCGCUGGUGAUGGACAAUCUCAAAAUGAAUUAUUCGGGAAAAUGUGUACAAAACAUUAAAUAAACACAAAUGAAGCAUAAACUAUAAUAAUGACUGAAGACGACAGUUGGUUGCUACACUGUGAACAACACACCUGUAUGAUUGUUUACAGAGAAGAGAUAUAAGUCCUCAUAGCUGAUCAUCUUUAGAGAACAUUAAAAAUCAGAGGCAAUUUAUGUGAAAUACUUGGGUUUGAUUAUAUUUCUAUUUCCUCGUUCAGUUGGAUUUUUCAACAUGUAAAGUAGCCUUGUGCUUUAGAAAAAUAAAUAAUUUGGAAUGGAAAAAAUAUGUCCUUUUUGGCUCCUUUUGUUUAGUGGUUAGAUUUUUUUUUUUUUAGCAUCACUUCCUGUGCUGUUGAUAUCUGUGAGGGAUGAUCAGCUCAGAUGUUCGAUCUGAA